AUGGGAGAAAAAGCACCUGUAACUAUCUUCACUGAUCAAGAUCAGGCAAUGAAAAAUGCUAUUGAACAAGUGUUUCCUCAUACUAGACAUAGAUUAUUCUUAUGGCACCUACAAAAAAAUAUUGUGUCAAGGUUUGGAGAUUUAAAGGCUGAUACAACAUUCAAGGACACUUUUAAAAAGUGUUUAUAUGGUUGCUUCAAUGAAGAACAAUUUGAAACGACUUGGUUUGAAAUGAUUCAAACGUAUGGGCUUCAAAAUCAUGAAUGGUUUACAAAUUUGUACACCAUAAAGGAAAAGUGGUGUACAGCUUUAAACAAAGAUUUUUUUUCAGCUGGUAUUUUGUCUUCACAAAGGAGUGAGAGCACAAACAAUUCCAUUGGAUUUAAAGGGAACAAAUCAACUACCCUAACAAAAUUCUUCCAUAUAUUUGGGGCAACAAUAGAUCGGUGGAGGUAUCAAGAAGAUCAGAAGGAGUUUAAUUGCGGAAAUUCAAUGCCUAAAUCAGAUUUUCCAAUGGUUCGAAUGAUUAAACACGCGGCAAGUUUUUAUACCCUUACCUUGUUUCGAGAUUUCGAAAAAGAAUUCAAGUAUGCAAUGGGUUGCAUAUCAACUAUUCAUCACAUGGAGGACAAUUUCAUUGGUUAUAAUGUACAACACGAAUCAUGGCCAGACCACACUGCAAAACAUGUAGCAUUUGAUCCAUCAACCAAUUCAAUUGCUUGCAAUUGUAGAAAUUUUGAAGAAUCAGGAUGGCUAUGUUUUCAUGCAAUUCGAGUUCUACAUGUACAUUCUAUAAUCAAUAUCCCAGAGCGAUAUAUUUGCAAAAGAUGGACAAAAUUUGCAAAAAGUGAAGUAUGGAAGAGAGUGGAACAAAGAGAAGAUAAUGGUAUUGAAAAAAGAAAAAUCACUCCAUGGCGUUACGAGAUGGAAAGAAAUUUUUACAAUUUGGUUCUUAAAUGUCAGGGCAGUGACGAGGCAAAAAAGGUUCUGAGAGCUGAUUAUGCUAGUGCUAGUGACAACAUAAAUAAAGUGCUAGAAGCAGAAAAGGCAGCACAAAAAGAGACAGCUCAAAAAGAAGUAGAGGAUGUGGCACAUACUUCAUCAUCAUCAUCAUCAAAUGCACUUCUAGAAUAUCCUGGUCAAUUUCCACAAAUAACAGUUCAGAAUCCACCACAAAUAAAAACAAAAGGAAGAAGUAAAAGAAAAAAGGGACACUUUGAGGUCAGAGAAUCAUCAACAACAGGUAAAGAAUUCGGAACAUUUCCAACAAAACCACAACUAUUUUAA